AUGUCUCUUCGCCUGUUGGCAGCGCUUUCGCUGGCGGCAACCGCCUCUUGCAAGUGGAUCGUCCCGGGAGCCAGAUGGUACGACACAGAGGGCAACAUCUUCAAUGCGCACGCCGGUGGCCUGGCCAUCGACCGCGACUCGGGCAAGUACUUUUGGUUCGGAGAAUACAAGACCGAAGAGCAGCCCGAAGGCGGCGGUAUCUCAGUCUACAGCUCCGAUGAUCUGGCAACGUGGGAGUCGCAUGGUCUAGCACUUGAACCAAUCGAGGGCCACGAGAUGAUCUCGCCCCAUAACGUCAUCCAGCGCCCCAAGGUGCAGUACAGCGACGAGGACAAGAAGUACCACAUGUGGUGGCACGCCGACGACGACAAGUACUCUCUGCUCCUGCAGGGACACGCCACCGCCGACAAUAUCGAGGGGCCCUACACCUACGACAAGGCUGUGAAGCCUCUCGGCAACUGGUCGCAAGACUUCGGCCUCUUUACUGACUUCAAGGAUGGCCGCUCGUACGCCCUGUACUCCAAUGGCGAUCGUGUCGAAGGCCGUGACGUGUACCUGACCUCCUUCAACGACGAGCUCACCGACCUCGAGGAGGUUGUCUUCCGCUGGGACAAGUUCGAUUUCGAGGCGCCCACCAUCAUCCAGACUGACCAUAGCUACUACGCGCUCAUGAGCCACAAGACUGGCUACCGACCCAAUAACGUGGUGGCGUUCCGCGCCGAUGACCUCGCAGGCCCCUGGUCGCAGCCGUUCAUGGUGGCCCCCGCCUAUACACGUACCUUCAGCACGCAGUCCGGCUUCUCGUGGCGCAUCAACGGCACAAAGCAGACCACGUUCCUGUACAUGGCCGACCAGUGGGACCUCAACUCCCUCGACGAGUCGCGCAACGUGUGGCUGCCGAUGGACAUCAACGACCAGGAAGGCACACUCGAGGUGCUAUGGCACGAUAUUUUCGACCUCAACGUGAAGACCGGCGAGUGGUGGCCCAUUGAGGGAACCGAGUACUAUGCCAUUGACGCCAACCUGACGGGCGAUGCCUGGCUGCAGGAGGCGAACUUUGCGAGCUUCAACAGAAUUGCGACUGGCAUCUAUGGCAACGAUAGCAGGGCCAUCUUCGAGGUCGAAGGCGCCGGCGAAGACCAGUGGGUCUCAUUUUACCACCAGAACAUUGACGACAUGGGAUUCGGCGAUCAGCCAUUUGGUCAGCCCGACCGCAUCAACGGCACAUGGCGGAUUCGCCGCAUUAGCAGCGUCGUCGUUAACGACGACGAGGAGAACGUCCACACCCUCUACCAGAAGGAUACCCACAAGGGCAUUAUCCUGUCGACGGCCAUCAAGGUCCCUCUGAAGAAUGGUACUAACACCAUCUCCGUGGGCGGCUUGGACAAUGGGUUCGACGUAAAGGGCGCCGACUUGGACAAGAUUAUCGUGUACCCACCGGAGCCCAAGGAGACGGGCUGCGGAGCUGGUCACCGUCACUAG